CCAAAACCGCAGUAACGGGAAGUAUGCUACAUAUUGCGUGAUGAGCCGAAACUUGAUCUUCCGCAUACGGAGCUCCCACAGAUCUCUCUGGGCGUCGAAAUAGCGUCUGCCGGAGGAAUUAAUCACACGUUCUAAAAAAAGAGUUGAAGUUAAAAUAAGAAUUUGGUGGAUUACAAAACGAUUGGAAAACAAACAACGCCAUCGAAGUGUUGUUGGUUCUGUACUGCGAGCGUCGUUGAGGACUUAAGUGGGUAUUUCAAAUCGAUUGUUGUGAGUUAUUGCCUGGAGUUCUAGCAGCUGGAUUCAGCCAGUGCUGCUUAGUAGUUUAUGGUGUUUUUAAGUUUCUCCAGUCUUCCAGUUUGGUAGGGAUUCGUCUUGAGCCAAAAACUGCGAAUUUAGGAGAAAAAAGGAACUUAAUGUGAAUUAUUUUAAGCUGCAAAGAGAAGACAGUUAAGAAAUAACUUUCAGUGCUUCAUUGGCACUUCCGGCCAACUACAUGGCACAGGGAGCUGCAGACAUCGAUGAAAUUUCUCCCUUCCGCUUCUCACAGCAAGCUGCGCCUAGAACAGUAAAACAUGGCACACCCAAAGAUGAUGAAUUAGAAGAACUGGGUGAUGAAAUUGUAGAAAAAUGGAAAAAGCUUGGGCGUCGCCUAGAUGUCAGUGAUGCAAAGCUUCAUGAAAUAAAUCAAGCUCAUGACCAACUGUCUGAAAAGGGAUACCACAUGUUAAAACAUUGGAAACAAGAAAAAGGUCCUGCUGCGACUUACCAGGCUUUGUGUGAUGCGUUAAAACAUAAAUUUGUACAGCGCCAAGACUUGGCAGUACAGUUUUGUUACAUUAAUGCACCCGCUGAUCCAGUACCAGAAGGAACAGUAACAGGAGAAGUCUCUGGUGUUACUUCAAGAACACAUUACAACAGAGACUCCAGUGGAGUGAGAAGUGGUCCAAAACGGAAAAGCCGUGAACGAGGUAUGUUGUCUUGGAAGAUUCACUGUGUUAGUGCCACCAGCAGAAACUCAGAGGAGCAAGAUCCUCAAGAACAAAGUGAAAGGGUGAACAGAUACAUGGCACAGACGGCUGUUGACGUGGUCAUGAGGGGAACAUUUGAUCUCUCCUCUCUUGAAGGACUAGAAGCUUAUCACGCAUACUUAGUAGGAAAACUUUAUCUAUGGAAUGUAACCUUUGAGAGGAGUAGCAUCAAAACAACCGUCAAGUGCCGUAGCCUGGAGAUUCUUGAAGGCCUGUGGGAGGAUUAUUGCUCUGGUCGCCUCAAUGCAGAAGCCGAGAAGUGCCUCAUUACAGAGAAGGUUAAGGACGCGCUUGGUAUGGAGACUAUAAAGUUAGUAACCACUAUGAUGGAAGAAGACUACUUGGCUUGCAAAUUGUCUUUAAUGGAAGUUUCAGGUUCUUCUGAAGAAGUACCACAACUUGCGCUCAAUAUGGCUGACCCACAGCAAACUAAGGAGUACUUUGAACGUGCUCUAGACAUACAGCUGGAAAAGCUUGGGCCCGAGCAUAUUGACGUUGCGACUACGUACAACAACUUGGGUCUUGUACAGCGUGACAUGGGCAACCUGCAGCAGGCCAAGGAGUAUCAUGAACGUGCUCUAGACAUUGCACUGAAAAAGCUUGGGCUCGAGCAUACUCACGUUGCGGCUACGUACUACAACUUGGGUCUUGUACAGCAUCACAUGGGCAACCUGCAGCAGGCCAAGGGGUAUUAUGAACGUGCUCUAGACAUAAGACUGAAAACGCUUGGGCCCGAGCAUACUGACGUUGCGACUACGUACAACAACCUGGGUGUUGUACAGCAUGACAUGGGCAACCUGCAGCAGGCCAAGGAGUAUUAUGAACGUGCUCUAGACAUAGGACUGAAAAAGCUUGGGCCCGAGCAUACUCACUUUGCGACUACGUACAACAACUUGGGUGUUGUACAGCAUGACAUGGGCAACCUGCAGCAGGCCAAGGAGUAUCAUGAACGUGCUCUAGACAUUAGACUGAAAAAGCUUGGGCCCGAGCAUACUGACGUUGCGACUAUGUACUACAACUUGGGUGUUGUACAGAAUGACAUGGGCAACCUGCAGCAGGCCAAGGAGUAUUAUGAACGUGCUCUAGACAUUAGACUGAAAAAGCUUGGGCCCGAGCAUACUGACGUUGCGACUAUGUACUACAACUUGGGUCUUGUACAGCAUGACAUGGGCAACCUGCAGCAGGCCAAGGAGUAUUAUGAACGUGCUCUAGACAUAGGACUGAAAAAGCUUGGGCCCGAGCAUACUGACGUUGCGACUACGUACUACAACUUGGGUCUUGUACAGCAUGACAUGGGCAACCUGCAGCAGGCCAAGGAGUAUUAUGAACGUGCUCUAGACAUAAGACUGAAAACGCUUGGGCCCGGGCAUAUUGACGUUGCGCGUUUGUACAUUAAGUUGGGUGCUGUACAGCGUGACAUGGGCAAUCUGCAGCAGGCCGCGGAGUAUUAUUUGCUCGCCGAAGACGUUAGGCUUAAACAAUUUGGAACCGAGCAUAUAGACGUUGCGCCUUCUCACAUUAACUUGGGUGAUGUAUAACGUGACCUGGGUAGCCUGCAGCAGGCAUUGUAAAACUGAUCCGCAGCUGAAAAAGCUCCGAGCAUGUUGACGGCAACGAAAACGUCGCUUAACAACAGUUUUAAUGAGCUAAACAACGGCUGUGCACGUGCGUUAAAAUUCUUCGUACAUUUCUUUACCGUCCUAUUCCAAACAAGAACGUGAAAUAACCA